UGUUGAUUCACUUGAUUCACUUGAUUGUUGAUUCAGUACUUAUUCGGUCAUUCGCCGUUCAGUGUAUUGGUUGGUCACUCUUGCGUAGUAACUAGUUUACUGUUCGAUUAAACUGUAUUUUUAUAUCGUUUAGCCGUGUGUAUUAUCACCAAGAACCAUGCCAGAAGUCAAGGUCUACUAUUUUCAAGUGAAGGCUGUUGGUGAACCCAUUCGUCUGUUGCUUGCCUACGGUGGCCAGGAAUUUCAAGAUAUCAGGCUGUCGAAAGCAGAUUGGCCAGCUUUGAAACCGACGAUGCCCUUCGGCCAAAUGCCGGUCCUCGAGAUCGACGGCAAGAAGUACGCGCAAAGUACAGCCAUCGAGCGCUACCUCGGCCGGAAGUACGAGCUCGCCGGCAAGGAUAUCGAGGAGGAUUUCGAGAUCGAUCAAGUCAUGGACUUUUUCACCGACAUUCGUCUCCGAGCUGCAGCUGUUUUCAAAGAGUCAGAUGAGGCACAUAAAGCAAAAAUGCAAAAGGAAAACGAAACAAACCAUUAUCCGGGUAUGCUGAAGAAGCUAAAUGAAAUAAUCAUCGAAAACAAUGGACAUUUGGCUCUUGGGAGGCUUACCUGGGCAGACUUUGUGUUCGCUGGUAUGUACGACUGUUUAAAGGUUUUAGUCCAAAUUUCUGAUAUUGAUGAACAGUACCCUAGCUUCAAGAAGCUACAAGAAAGUGUGCUGUCCAUACCCAAAGUGAAGGCUUUCUGUGAUCAGGCUCCUAAGGCAGAUUGGUAAACAGAAGAAAAAUUGAUUUAUUGUUAUCUAAAUAAUGUUAGUCUAAUAGUCUUUUUAUAAGGAUAUACGUUUUUUAUAUAACUAUUAGCUGUACUUCAAUUACAAAUUCAUCAAU